GCGCCGCUGGCAGUUACGCAGAGCAAGACGGCGGGAUAUUCAAACGAUACAGAUACAAAGUAAACACGGACAAGAGGCAGAGGGGUGCUGUCCGGCAUUCAGCGCGUUUGUUUUUAAGUUAAUUACACCUGGGGUCGUGUAAAGUCAGUUACCAGCUUUAUAAAGAACGUGUUUAGACAGUAAACUGCUGUGUCUGUGGUACCGAAGGCUCCACGUUAUUUAUCCCGUGUUUUUAAUUUCAAGAUAAACAACAUGGAGGGGGGACAGACUCGCUCUGGAUAUGAGCGCCUGACUGCGGAGGAGAUGGAUGAGCAGAGGAUACAGAGUGUGGCCUAUCAGUACCUCUGUCACCUGGAGGAGGCAAAGAGGUGGAUGGAAGCCUGUUUGAACGAGGAGCUGCCAGCCCCCACAGAGCUGGAGGAGGGGUUGAGGAACGGGGUGCUGCUGGCGAAGCUGGGGCACUGCUUCGCUCCGCACAUCGUCCCGCUCAAGAAGAUCUACGACUGUCAACAAGAGCGCUACAAGGCAACUGGGCUCCAUUUCCGACACACAGACAACAUUAAUCACUGGCGCAAUGCCAUGGCUCAAGUGGGACUGCCUUCGAUCUUUCACCCGGAGACUACAGAUAUCUACGAUAAGAAGAACAUGCCCCGGGCUGUCUACUGCAUCCACGCUCUCAGCCUCUACCUGUUUAGACUGGGGCUGGCUCCACAGAUUCAGGACCUCUAUGGGAAGGUGAAGUUUACAGAGGAAGAAAUUAACAACAUGAAGAGGGAGCUGGAUAAAUAUGGUAUCCAGCUGCCUGCCUUCAGUAAGAUCGGAGGGAUCCUGGCCGGCGAGCUCUCCGUGGAUGAAGCUGCAGUGCACGCCGCGGUGAUUGCCAUUAAUGAGGCGGUGGAGAGGGGCUCUGUGGAGGACACUGCCCUGGCCCUGCGCAACCCCAACGCCAUGCUGCUGAACCUCAGUGAGUGCCUGGCGCCAGUCUACCAGGAGAUGCUGCACCAAGCCCGGGCACAGAAGAGUGGCAGCGCCAGGAACAGGUACAAGCCUGAUGCUUCCCAAGAGAAAGACAUUUACGAGGAAUACCUGACCCAGGCUGAGAUCCAGGGCAACAUCAACCAAGUGAAUGUGAGCGCUGCUCUGGAGCGAGUGGACGAUGCUCUGGAUAUGAGAGACGGCCCUGCACUCCAUGCUGCCCUGCACUCCCCCUCCCUGGCACUGCGGGGGCUGCACAGGGAGCUCUCCCACUGGUACCUGGAGCAGCUCGCCCUGCAGCGCCAGCACAAGGCACUGGACCUGGGCUGUGUGGAGCCGCUGGACCGAGAGGAGCUGCAGGAGGGAGUCAGCACUGCCAAUGAGAACGCACAGCACAGCCAUGCCACGGAGCAGGCAGUGUCCCGUGUCCAUGCUGCUCUGCGUCGGGGGAUUCCCAGGGAGACAGUGAAGGAGCUGAUGGAUCCGGAAGCAGAGCUCCCUGACGUCUACCCCUUUGCUGCUGAGCUCUACCAAAGAGAGCUCACUGCUCUGCAGGCACAGAACCCACAGGGGGUGCUGUUGCAGGAAGAACUGUUUGUUGCCGUGGAGAUGCUGUCUGCAGUGGCAUUGAUUAACCAGGCCUUGGAGGCAGGCGAUGCUAAUGGAUUCUGGAGAGCCCUGAUCAGCCCCGCUGCAGGUCUUGCUGAUAUCGAGGAAGGCUUUGCUCAGCGUUACUUUGAUGAGCUGUGCAAGCUGAGGACUGCAGCUCCGAGGCAAGGCACUGCUCUGCUGUCCUGGAAUGAGCUUCAGGCUGGUCUGAAUAACGUCAACUUGUCUGUGCAGGAAGAGCAUGACCUGUCCCUGGGUCUGGCUGCAGUGAACCAGGCAGUGAAGGAGGGGAGAUCCUCUCAGACCCUGAACGUGCUGCUGCUGCCUGCGCUGGGUUUCUGCAGUGUGGUCCCAGAGUGCGCCCCGCACUACCAGUCUGAACUAGCAGCGCUGAUGAAGGCCAGGCUGCUGCAAGGGGAGAACCGCAGCCCCUGGGUCCGACACAUGCUGAGGGAGAGCGGCAGCUACUACUUCCACCUGCACAACUUCCAGGGAACAUGGGAACAGCCUAAAGGGUUCAUUCAGAACAGUACACACCUCAGCCGGGAUGAGAUUCAGUCCAUCCUGACGCAAGUGAGCGCUGCACACGACCGGGAUUGCCUGUGGAGGGCCAGCGAGCCCUUCAUCACCAGACUGCAGGCCAGGGGCCGGGGCUACCUCCUCCGCACACAGCUAGCCACUCGCAGGCACUUCCUGCGCAAGCAGCUCCCCGCCGUCCUCGCCAUCCAGAGUCACUGGAGAAGGUAUCUGCAGCAGAGACGUUACCAGCAGAGGCUGCAGUUCCUCCGGGAGAACACGCACGCAGCCCUCAAGAUCCAGGCGUGUGCGAGGAUGUGGCUGGCUCGGAGGAGAUACCUGGCCAGGCUCCGGCACUUCAGAAGCAAUGUUAAAUCGGUAAUUAAGAUCCAAGCAUUCUUCCGAGCUAACAAGGCGCGAGAGGACUACAGAAUGCUGGUGGGCAGGCAGGCCCCUCCCCUCUCGGUGGUGCGCAGGUUUGCUCAUCUGCUGGAGCGGGGCGAAGCCGAUCUCCUCCAGGAGAGGGAGCUGCUGAGGCUGCGGGAGGAGGUGGUGAGGAGCAUCCGCGCCAACCAGGGGCUGGAGAGCGACCUUGCGAUCAUGGACCUGAAGAUCGGUCUGCUGGUGCGCAACCGGAUCACACUGCAGGAGGUGGUGUCUCACUGCAAGAAGCUGACCAGGAAGAACAAGGAGCAGCUCUCGGACAUGAUGGCGCUGGACAAACAGAAAGGGCUGAAAUCCCUGAGCAAAGAGAAGCGAGAGAAGCUGGAGGCCUACCAGCACCUCUUCUACCUGCUGCAGACCCAGCCGAUAUUCCUGUCCAGGCUGAUCUUCCAGAUGCCUGUGAACAAGUCCACCAGGUUCAUGGAGUCUGUGAUCUUCACUGUGUAUAACUACGCCUCGGACAGCAGGGAGGCCUGCCUGCUGCUGCAGCUCUUCAGCACCGCCCUGCAAGAGGAGAUCAGGUCGAGGGUGGACCGGAUCCAGGACAUCGUCACCGGGAACCCCACGGUGAUCCGUCUGCUGGUCAGUUUUUACCGGAACGCCCGGGGCCAGAACGCUCUGCGGGAGAUCCUGGGUCCGCCCAUCAAAGAGGUCCUCCAGGACAAAACCCUGAACAUCCAAACGGACCCCGUGGACAUUUACAAGAGCUGGAUCAACCAGACAGAGUCGCAGACUGGGCAGAGGAGCUCGCUGCCCUAUGCCGUCACUCCGGAGCAGGCUCUGAGUCACGCGGAGGUGCAGCGCCGGCUGGACAUCGCUGUGCGGAGCCUGAAGAGCAUGACAGACCGGUUCCUCCACGCCAUCACCUCCAACCUGGACUCCCUCCCGUAUGGGAUGCGCUACACAGCCAAGGUGCUGAAGGACUCCCUGCUGGAGAAAUUCGCAGAUGCCACAGAGGAAGAGGUUUACAAGAUUGUGGGGAACCUCCUCUAUUACCGCUACAUGAACCCGGCGGUGGUGGCUCCGGACGGCUUUGACAUCGUGGAUUACUCUGCCGGCGUAGUGCUGCACCCUGAUCACCGGCGCACCCUGGGCAGCAUCGCCCGGGUCCUGCAGCAUGCCGCCGCCAACAAGCUGUUCCAGGGAGACAGCGCACACCUGCGCUCCCUCAACGACUACAUCUCACACACACACCUGCGCUUCAGGAGGUUCCUGCGGGCUGCCUGUGAAGUGCCCUCGCCCGAGGAGCGCUUCAGCGUGGACGAGUACUCCGAGAUGGUCACCCUCAACAAGCCAGUCAUCUACAUCACCAUCGCGGAGCUCAUCAACACACACAAGCUGCUGCUGGAACACCGGGACUCCGUGGCUCCUGAUCACACUGCCCCUCUGCAUGAGCUGCUGGCAGACCUGGGGGACGUGCCCACUGUCCACUCACUCGCUGGGGAGGGAGUGGGGAACCUCAGCGACCCCGAUGCUGAGCAGACCCUGGCUCAGUGCAGCAGGAUGGAAAUUUCCCUGACGCUGACCAACAAGUUUGACAUCUUCAAGGACGAUGAAGACAAGCCUGAUGCUAGAGGCCUCAUGCUGAGCACCAAGCAUCUUAUAAUUGAUGUGAUAAGGACCCAGCCUGGAGACUCUCUCCCUCUGUUGUUACGAACCUCUGCAUCCGAGGACCAGGAGGCGGAGCACUGGCGCAUGAUGCAGAGACGAGCGCUGCGCGACGCUCGCACCCCCGAGAAGAUGAAGCGGAACAAGUCCAUCGUCGCUGACGACAACCUGUCACUGGAGGAGAAGAAAAGGAAGAUCCACCGCAACCUGCGGAAGCUGGAGGCCAUGGGAGCACUUCAUUACCAGAGCCGAUUCACUGAGAUACUCACCGACAUCGCCAAGGAUAUCCGUAACCAGCGGCGCUACCGGCAGCGCAGGCAGGCUGAGCUGGUGAAGCUGAGGCACACCCUGCAGGGGCUGAACUGCAAGAGCGCCUUCCACUCGGAACAGAUCGAUUACUACAACCAGUACAUCAAGACCUGCCUGGACAAGCUGGCAGCCAGGGGCCGGGUGAAUGGGAAGAAAGCUGGAGAAGGCAGAGGGAAGCAGGUGAAGCCUGCCAGUCUGAACUACACUGCAGCCCGACUCUAUGAGAAGGGAGUGCUGCUGGAGAUCGAGGACCUGCCUAUCAGCCAAUUUAAGAACGUUAUCUUUGACAUUAUUCCCUGCGAGGAGGGAGGAACCUUCCAGGUGAAGGCUCGUUUCAUGGGGGUGGACAUGGAGAAAUUCCCUCUGCACUACCAGGACCUGCUUCAGCUGCAGUACGAGGGGGUGGCUGUGAUGAAGAUGUUCCACAAAGCCAAGGUCAACGUCAACCUGCUCAUCUUCCUCCUCAACAAGAAAUUCUUCAAGAAGUGAGCAGCGGGGAAAUGGUGACACCCACUGGUGUCUCCCGGAUCUGAACCGGGCAAGUGGACGAAUUGAUAAGAAACUGUAAAUGGUGGGCUAAGAAGUUUCUAAAUGUGUUUUAUUUUGGGACAUUGAAACUUCAACAGGUUUGACACUAGAUUUAGUCUGAUCCACAUUUUUUACUCCUGGCAACUGUUUUAUUAAUCAAACCUGCUAAUGUUUGUCCAGCUAUCCUGUAUUUAUAUUUAUUUUACAAUAACUGGCGUUGAUCGGUUGAAAUGCAUUAUAACUAUGUUGAGGAAUAUUUAAUAUGUUUGUUCUAGAGAAGUUUAGUGUUGGUGCCACAGUACUAUAAAUUCAUGAAAGCCAUCAUGCCAAAUAUGAACCUUUUCAGAUAUACUAAAACUGUAAAUUCAGUGACACACUAAAGUACGUUUCUUAAAUGUACCGCUGUUGAGCGUUUUACCUUCCAGUCAAGGCCACUAUCUUACAGUCCUGAUUUUACUCCUAUUGACGGCAGUGUAAAGCUACCUUCAAUAGUAAGGCCACCCUUGUAUGUAGUAUUAAGAUCCCCUUUCUGGUGUUUCAAACACAUCAAUGUUAAAUUACCUCUUAUAGACCAGCGUGUUGUAAACGAACACAUUUAGCAUGAAACGAAAUUGAACUGAUUUGCACAUUUCAUUUAGAUGUCAGAACACGCACAGGACAGAGCAAAGCGUCUUUUCACUAAAAAAAGAAGUGUCAAUAUCAGUGCGAUGCAUUUUGUCAGGAAGUACCUGUGCAGUGGAAAGGUGCAGAGAGUUCAGUUUGAGCAGCUGCUUCCUGAAGAGAGGCAGUCUCCCUGCACAUCAGCUCAAUCUCUUUGCUUUAUCUUUGCAGAUCUGUGCUGUCUUUACAGUUCUACACCGGAACUCCAUUACAAGAGUAUUAGAUACACAAGUACUGAAACCAAACUUAGUAAGAACAUAGCCCUUGUCUUUUCAGUACUUUUUUUUAUUGCUGUACCUCUUGUUUUAAAAUUUUGGAAGAGAAUUGAAGUAACCUGUGUUAUUUAUUUUAUAUAGUCAUUCAUGCAGUGCUUUCUUUGGCAUCUAAUUAGUAAAUUCUGUUAAAAGAACGAAUCUGAACAGGGUCAUUUUCAAGCCAAUGCAUUUCAAGCAACGCUGAUUCAAGCUUCCUAAUAUUUAAGUUAUUAGCCCCACGUUUGUCUUCCAGAAUCUUGCUUAGAAAUAUAUAAUACUGUAAGCUGCAGUGCCCAAUAAUGAUGCCAGAUUCAAAGAGCGGACUUCACUCACACAGUAUUGAACUUGUAUUCAGAUUAUUUAAUCCGAUUCUAGGAUUCAAAGCCAUAGAGACAUUUUUAAUGAAGUUCAGGGAAUAGAACAUGGAGUGAUCCGUCUACAUUGUGCCACAAUAUACAGUGUGCUUGUAUAACGAGUCAGUCUUUAUUAACAGCUUUCUACACAGGCCUUUAGCAAGAGAUUCACCAGAGCUGCCCAACCGUUUGGAGAGCUACACUGAUUACCAGUCCUUAUAGAUCAUGAAUGAUUUGGAAUGGUAAUGUAAUAGUCUUUUUAUAGUGUAAUAAAUAGUACAAUACUAAAGGGAGAAUGUAGCAGCUUGGCUAUACGUAAUGAUAUGAGAUUAUAUAUAUAAUAUUAGUACACAAUGGAAAGGAAAUGGAUCAAAUUAAAAGCAGGAAAAAUAUAUAUAAACCAAGCUAGCACAUCCUAAUCAAACCAUCACUGUCUCAAUUUGCAUUUAUAAAUGUCCGCAAAUUGCUGCUUCAUCUUGUAAAUAUUUUCUGUCUCAUUUACUUCUCAUGUUUCCUUUUUAAAUGUUCAGUAUUUUAUUUUUUGUAACCUGUCUUACUGCCAUAUUUAUGUAAAGAAACACAAGCCUAACUUUAUCAGUUGAUCCUACUAACCAAUACAAGGGAUCUUGCCCUGCUACUGCUAUUUACACUAUGUUCCCAUCUGCAUCGAAGCUGUGCUGUAAUGGGAGAUUUCUAUAGCAGUGGUUUUAAAAGGACCUCGCACUCCUAGUUUUUGUUUCAGCCAGGAACUAAAUAUUAGUUUUUACAUUUUGGAUUGCUUUCCAGUGCACAUAAAACAGUGCUAAUCUGAGAGUGUUGUCUGUAGCUACAGCUGAGUGUGCUCCAUAGGGGGUUGUUCAAUUGAUCUCGAUGCAGCCACUGCAUUAAUCAUUAAAAAGGGGGCCCUAUCUGGUGCUUUCCACACUUUAUACAGACAAUGCACUAAAGAGACUCCCAUACACUGCCUAACAAAACCUUGGUACACAGACCAGGGCCCUACACUCAUGAUCUGGUAUUGGAACUGUGUUUUAGAUCAAUUGAAUAGACCCUAUUGGUAUUCAUAACGCAUUGUAAUCGUAUACAUUUAAUGGAAGGUUAAUGUUUUAUAAUUAAUCCAUUUAUACCCUGAUAAGCCAAAGCAGGAUUAUAUUUAGAGCAUUUUAUAGCUCUGGGGAAUCCCCCUGUAUUGCAUUGGUAGCUAUUCCAGGACAAACCCUAUAAAUAGGUGCUGUAAAAUGUUCUUUAAAAAAAAUAAUAAAGUCGUGGCUUAUCAGGGUAUAGUUUGAGGUGUCGUUGUCCCCCCAUUGUGCUGAUGCUGGGGGUCUGUAUCCUUUAAUAGUCCUUGCUUCUCUCCUUCAUGCCCAAGGCUUGUGGCACGAGAGUACUGUCUAGCAGGUCAGAACAGUAUGGGGGAAGGAGGUCUGUGUUAAGGAUAGGGUUUAAAUGACGGGGUUUCAAGUUAUUUCAAAUUUGUAUUGAAGCGACGCUCACCUGUGAUUGACUCCUUACUGGAAGCCAAGGUCCAAAGCUCUGUGUAAGUGAAGGGCUGACUGGGUUAGCUAACCUUGUUACCAUGUGUACACUGCCAGUGAAACAUGCACACUGAAUCACAGUGCGACUCCUGGAGCCACCAGCCAGCAGACAAUGCUAAAGCAAACCCCUUCUCUGAAAUCUACUGCUACGGUUUCAUAUAUAUAUAUAUAUAUCUAAUCUAUUUACUGAGAUUUUUGAUCCACAGUUUGUGUUUUAAAGGAGCUUUUUAUGAAACACUUUAAUCUGUAUUGUGUCUGUAUAACAUGCUCUAUGAUGUAACACUGCAGUUACAAUAA